AAGUUUGUAUCGCUUUUUUCAAGCCCUCUUUGUCUCGUCACAUCUCUAGCAGGUGUGAGGGUCCAGAUCCGAACCCUAGACCCUUCGUUUCGUUCUUUUCACGUUUUAUCUUAAUCUUCAGAGGCUUCAAAGCGGCAAGUUCCUUGUUUCCGCAACCCUAUUGAAGACAUGUCACUUCCGGGAGAGUUUCGAGCCUCUGUGAUAGCGUCUUGUUCAAAUCCGCAGCCUGAAAAUAUUAUCAGUCAAUACGGAAAUCGCAUUAUCAGGAUCUCCGACCACCAGGUGGUCAAAUGGGGCCCAGAUGUCACGAAAGAAGAGGCUGAAAAUCAAAGAAUAGCGUAUGAACUUGUGGAUAACCGCAUCGUUCAUAUCCCACGCGUGUACGCUUUCUUUUCCGAUGAACGGGGCUGGGGCUAUAUUGUGAUGGAGUAUAUAGAGGGUAAGGUUAUCGAUCCGUUGGAAGACAUCAACGCCAUAGAAAAGGUUGCCGGUGUGGUUGAUUACUUUGCAACAUUUCGACAUGACAUCCCUGGGCCUCUCUUUGGCGGGACCUGUCGCGGGCUUCUCUUCCCCGAGACAGAGGAUCUGGUUUUCGAUAGUCUUGACGAGAUGGAGAAGUGGUUCAAUAGCCGGCUUUUCGCACAUAAUCCGAAACUGAAUCUCCAGGGCUGCGAGCUAGUGCUUUGCCAUUUAGAUAUAGCGCCUCGAAAUAUCCUGUGGCAGGAAGAUGGUUCUCUCUGCCUCAUUGACUGGGCAUCUGCUGGGUAUUAUCCUAGAUUGUUCGAGUUUUGCGCGCAGUGGAUUAUUGAAGGAAAGGACGGCAAUUUUAAUUCCCUUCUCUUGAAAUCGAUGAAUCCUCUGCCAUACCAAGAGAUGGCGCAGAAAGAGUCCGUCCUAUGUGCAUGGAGGAAUAUUCAAAAGUAUCCUUUUCGAACCAAAAAUACAAAUUCUUCCAAAACAUUAUCAAGAGAUUCAAUGGAUCGUAUUCCUGCAUCACCCCAUCCAAUGCCAGACUAUCCGCCAGGCUGGUAUGAACAAGCUCAGCGGGAAGGCGUUACCCCGACAGGACCCACUCUGGUCGCUCCCUCACUCUCCUCUCCAGGAACUGGAGAAAAAAAUCGAGUUUACAAUCGCGUCACUCGUUGUUUGCGCGCAAUUUGGGCUCCGCGCCCUAAACCAUCUGAUGCUGCGUAGAUUCGGCUAGCCGCAGCCGUCUGGGUUGUUCAACUUGCUGUGGCAUCAACCACCAAUCUUGUCCAAAAUUGUAUCUGGGAUGUUUGAAAGCUUUCUAACAUGUAUGGUAGUCGAGCGACCGCUACGUUUAUUUCCCCAAUUGUAUAAUUCUUAGGCAGAAUUACUUAAAUUCCCA